UGACUAAGAGGCUUAGGAGAGAUUUACCUACCCAGUAGUCGUCAGCAGCACUGUUCAUACAGACUUGGUGCAUAGCAACAGGUCACUGAGCUCUGUGCACCACAUUAGCAUUCACCAUGGACUAGGACAGAGGCCCAUUGAGCAGGAAUGGGUGCCAUCAUUUUCUUAUGACCUCACAUGGGUUUAUUUCCUCCCUGUCUACAGAUGAUCAUCUGGCAAAGUCAGAAUACCAAAAUGAGGAGGGAAAAACAUGCCUCAACAUGAUGGCUUAUAUCCUGUGGACUGUGUUUACAUGGACAUUCAAGGGGAUACUGUGCACCUGCAGGUUCCUUUGGAUAUGCCCAUACAAUGCAAUCAAAUUCUUGCCAAGGGAACAACACACUACAGAACAGACUAGCCGACAGCUGAAGCAACCUGUGGGUUUUGAAAGUAAAGGGAUUACAGCCAUACCAGGUAGCCCUGACCGUACAACUGCCCUUCAUAAAAGACUGACCAAAACUGAGAAAGAGAUUGUGUCACUCAAGACUAGGAUUGCCAGUGAGAGAGCAUCAUGGGAAAGGAGAUUUGCAGAGCUGCGAAGAAAACAGGAAGAGCUAUGUAAUCAGCUGUCCUGUGAGGCUGGGGUGUUGGUGAAAGCGGUCGGCUGUGACGACCAGGGAGAGUCAGGAGUAGACAAUGGAGAAAUGCUUGAGGAGUGCUCAAGUGGUCUCUCAAGGCAUAUGUACCAACUCAGAGGGUCUGAGGCGUCAUCAAGAUGUGACACCUAUGCAAGUAGCUUGUCAAGUAGCCAGUUUGGCUCAUCAUCAGCAAAGAGCUCAAGAUCUGCCUCCUCUUCUUCUUCAGCCACUAGUGUGAGAUCAUGGAGGACAUCCCAAGGGCCUCACCGGGUUUUUGUUCCCCAUUCCCCCAUGGACCUGCAGCUAGGUCAUCGGGUCAGGAUCAUGCUGCCGUCUGGACGGAUCAGCACAGGGAUGAUUCGUUUCCUGGGCCACCUGCAGGGGGAGGCAGAUCUCCACCUUGGGGUGGAGCUGCAGACACCUGAUCAUGGAUUACAUGAUGGCAGCCACAGGGGACACAGCUACUUUGAAUGCAAGCCUGGAUAUGGUGCCUUUGUACCAUUCCACAAACUACUGAUGGCCUGGGAAUGACAAAAAUACAUGUAUCAUGCCAAGCUGCCCAUGGAAUAGAAAAGCACCUGAAUGAAGAACAGUAGUUGCAGUCAUGGAUCUGAUACCUUAUUAUAAUGAGGUAAACUUUUGUAUCAAAGUACAUGCAUAAAAAUAUGUAUGUUAUGUGUGUCUUGUGAGUAAAGAUGCAUAACUUUAAUUGCUAUUCGCAAU